CUUUGCUUUUAAGAACGACGGCUGUCACGAUGACAAUUUGACAGUGCAUGGAUCUCGAUUGUUUUUAGGAUUUUUCAUUACACUAAUCCGCAAUUUUGAUUUGGAUAAUUACCUAAUGCUAUGACAAUUACUGAGGCUCUAAGCCUCUAUCAGAAUGGUUCUAAAUGCCGCUGUGCAGACGAGCUGAAACAGAAAAUAUCAAAAUUUAAGAGUGGAGUUUCUAUGCUUCAAGAAAGAGGUCUUUGGGCUACACAACAGCAACUGCAAAAGGUUUAUCAAAAAGUAUUGGUUUUGGAUCUAGACUAUGCACUGGAUAAGAAAGUGGAACAGGACUUGUGGAAUGUGGGCUUUAAGCAACAGAUUGAGGCCCUCCAAGCUAUUUCAAAAGACAGAAAGAAUCCCCUCCGUAGUGAAGGUCAGGCUAUGCUGUCAUGGGUGCUACAAGCUGCUGCAGGAUUCUACCUCUGUCUGUUACAUCAGAUCUGCACCACCUUUAAACUGGAUUUACCAUUCAGACGGCGUGCCUCGCUGCUAGGACUGGUUGAAGGCUGGGGUGCCGGGGAGACGGCAGUUGGUGCUCGCCUGCCGCCGCCAGCAUCUGCGCGCUACAUCUGCCAGCACUGCCUAGUGCAUCUCGGGGACCUUGCGCGGUAUAGGCAGCAGCUACGCGUCGCCCAUACAUUCUAUAGACACGCGCUGGUGGUGUCGGCGCACUCGGGGCAGCCGUACAACCAGCUGGCGCUGGUGGCGUGGCGGCGCGGGCGGCGCCUGGGCGCGCUGUACUGGCACGUGCGCUCCCUGCUCGUGCGCGCGCCCUUCCCGCCCGCGCCCGCCAACCUCGCGCGCACGCUGCGCGCCGCCGCCGCCCUGCCCGGUGACCCUAAGGACCUACCAAUGAUCCCGGGACUGACAGACGGCGCUGCGCAGGCGCAGGCCCCCAUCCCCGGCCGCCUGGACGCGCAUUCCUACGUCAGCGAGCUCAUCCGCGCCAUACACUACAUCCACACCGUAGAGGAACUGGACACGGCGGCAGCGCUGGUGGAGUCCCUCAACUCUUCGCUGACCGCGCUCAUCGCCACCGACAGCUUCGAGUCCAUGACUCUCAUCAAGAUGGCGUGUGUGAUGAUCUGGUUGGUGCACUCUAGCACGGAGGAGGGCGGCGCGCUGAGCGAGGGCGAGGCCCGCGCCGCGGCGCUGGCGUGCUCGCUGGGCGCCGCCAGUCUGCUCGCGCAUCUACUGCCCGCAUACACCGCGCCCGCGCCCCCCGCCACUGCGCUGCCUGCCUUGAAGGUAUGGGUGUCGUGGUGCGAGUGCCAGCGCGCCCUGGUGGGUGGCUCGGCGUGGGGCGCGGCGUGGGGCGCGGCGUGGGGCGCGCUGGCGGCGCUGUGGCCCGCCCUGGCGCACACGCUCAAUGCGCUGCAGCCCGCCGCCGCGCUGCUCGCAGAUACUUAUGACAGUGUGCCGUUACCAGAAGACGAAGAGUUGGCAGGGUUCCUGCCGCUAGAGAAUGCUAUGAAAGGGCUCCGGUUCCCGAACCAUGCGGCCUGGGACACAUACGGGGGCAGAGUGCCGGAUCUAGACGAAGAAGCUGAAGACAAUAAUACCAGCCCUGCGGGGGAGGUACCGGUGACGUGCCUGAGUGGUUCUCCGGAGCUGGAGCACCGCGUGCGGGCCUAUCGUCUGCUGCAACUUGGGAAGAAACUAGCUGAUCAACAUCCCGAACAUCUCUCAUACACAGAAGAAGACGGCAAGAUAACUUUCACAGCGUCGUCUGUGGGUGGCGAGCAGCUGAACGAAGCCCUAGCGGCUCUACGCAUAGCGGCGGGGGCAGCCACGUCCAACAAAGACUCCGCCCCGGAGCCCGAGGAUGAGAGCGAUGACGAGCCCACACAACCCCCACCACCCAUCGUCAUAUCCGAAGCUGACUUCCGGGAGAAAGUCCGUGAGAAGCGCGUGGGUAUCCUGAAGCCGCAAGGGUCGCUGGAGCGCGCCAGGGAGGAGCGCGCCCUCGCCACGCAGGACGACCAGCUCGCGGAGGCUGAUGUGUCAGAAGACAGUAAGUCAGAAGACAAGAAGGAAGCGCGCAAGCCGCGAGUCAAUAUCGCGAUGGCAGCCAUCAUGAGGAAGCAGGAGGAGACCAAUAAACAGGUCAAAUUCGUAACGCCCCCGCCGACACCAGACUCCAUUCCAGACACUACAGAAUCGAAAGAUGACAGACCUAAAGUGAUACAACCUAAAGCCAUCAAGUCAUUAGCCAACUUACCGCUCGGUAGAAAGACCGGCGGCAUCCUCUCACUCAAAGACAAGUCUGCCGGCUACCCACACCUCGUACUCAACACAGAACCUGAGCCACCCAAGAAGACAGAGAAAGAAGAGAAGAAAGACAUCAAGCCGAGUCCGUCCAGCCAGAGCUCGCAGAACUACGUGCAAAAGAGACAGGAACACGCGCCCUCGCCCAACUGGAACCCUCAGAACUCGUACCCCGACGCGCCCAGGAUGAACUUCCAGAAGAACUAUGGCAUUCAGAACUCCGGGCUCAGCUACAACCCGAGCUACCCGGCGCCUAGCGUCAACAAUCAAGGAAUCAGGCUGCCGGUCGUCAAUCCGAAGGAGAUUGACGUGAGAACUGCAGCGCUACAGAAACAGAACUCCCGCGCGGAGCUGUUCCAGGACGGACAGAAACUCAACCACAACUACCAGAUGUCUGGCGACAAGAAGAACUUCCUGAACGAUCUGCCUCCUCGGUUCGCCAACCAGUACCGGUAUUGGCACAACGCGCAGGAGAACCAGUUCAACGACAACAAGUUCCGAGACGACAACUUCAAGCAGAACUCGUUGUUCAAUGGCCAGCUGCCGCGCAGCUGGGGCUCGCAGCCCCCGCAGCCGCCGCAGCCCCCGCAGGCCGACGGGUACCAGCCCCCCAUGUGGUGGAAGCCCGACCAGACCAACAACUUCAACGCCAACUUCCAGCAGCAGAUACAGCCCAACUUCUACUCGCCCCAGCACCUCAACACUAACUUGCCGAACCCAUACCAGAACCUGUCGUAUAACCAGCUGCCGAAUAACAUGGCCCAGAGCAAACAGGAAGGGUUCAGCCAGCCGGGAUACAUGCAGUCAGCUAUCGGGCAGCCGCAGCUGCAGACCCUGCAGACGCUGGUCACUUCGCCCAACUUUAAUUCAUCGCUGAACAGCUUCUCGUACGCGCCGACGGUGGGCUAUGAUUCCUCGCUGUACCCGCAGUUAUCCAAUAAGUUGGGCUACCAGCCGCUGCAGAUGAAGGUGGAGAAACCCCUGGGCUACCAGGGAAACAAGGAGCUCAUGGAUAUGAACACGCUCGGCUUCGGCGGCACCGCGCUCGACAUGCAGCAGCGGAACAUCAACUUCAAUGAUCCGCUGAACAACGACAUCGGGAAUGUGAAGAACAUGGAUCAAAUCGGGAGUGGUGAGGGCGCUAGUGGGGCGGCGCCAGGCAGUACGUACUCCUUGUUCAGCGGGGCGCCAGACACCAGCGCCUGGGGCUCACCUGCGCAUGCGCAGCCACCGUCCCUGUGGUCGGGGCCGGGCCCGUCGCCCCUGGAGCGCCUGCUGGAGCAGCAGAAGCAGCUGAAGGCGCCGCAGUGACCGCCGCGACACGUCUGCUCACUGACGUGCAGUGCCCCACGAGGUAAAAGACAAGAGCGAGAGACUAAACUAACUCUUGCUCACUAUCUUACAAAAAUACAUGCCAAUAUUUCGGCCCGUUACAUAACUGUCACAGUAAACUGUCGAAUUGUUCUACAGCUGGUUCCGAUUACUACGUGUCGUACUGUAGAAAUAUUUGGAAUCGAUUCUACGCUUCCCAAUGCGUAGUCGUUUUUUAUAAAAAUUCUCCUUGAUAAUGAUAAUAAUAAUAUGCUGUUGUAUAAAAUUGUAAAAAUGUAAACAUGUAUGUAUAAAUUAUAUAUAUUGACGGCGACAAGGAGAACUGAUUAGUAUUUUUGUCCAAGCGCCGAUUGUGGCCAGUUUUGUAGGAAACUGUUGGCUCAAUUGUAUAAAUAUAUUUUAUUAGCAUUGUUCGUGGUUAUCGUGCAUAGAAAGAACUACCUUAUUGUUAGAUAAACUAAAAUAAAUGAAUUUUAAUGAUGCUGCGCAUAAUUUGUUGGCACUUGAGCACAACACGGGAGCAUCGACGAUUGGUCGUAAUUGCCCCGCGUCCUUAGAAUUGCCAAUAUAUCGCUGCGGACUAUACAUAAAAUUAUAUAAGUGUAAAGACAUUAAAUAAUGUAACUCAAGCUUCACGUUACAGGCGUAAUUUUGAGCAAACUUUAUAAGUAUUUAUUGGCUGUGGCCCACAACUGCUAGGUAAUAUAUUAUUUGCUCAUAUUGUUUGCUGAUGAUUUUAAAUAAGCCCAGUCGCCAGUAUUAACGUGGUUCUUGCAUAAAAAUACUAUGUUGGUCGCCAUUGUCGGGCAUCGUAAAAAAUAUUUUUAUUCUUGUACACUUGCAUAUUUUUGUAUAUUGUCUGUGGUAUGCCGCGUCGUGUGAACUGAUACAGAUAUUGUUGGCCUCCUUUGUAAAUGUCCAAUUGUACAGAUUAUAUAUACUGCUUUAUACAUUUUCUUAAUAUUUGGAAACUGAUCUUUCUUAGUGAUUUAGUUUAAUAGUAUUCUAAAUUGUAGAUGCAAUUCUUAUUUAUUGUUUUCUUGUGGUUUUGCCUGUUUAUUUGUGUGCAGUUGGAUAUUUACAAUGGCGUUAUUUUAAGCAUGAUUUUGUUGUGAUUUUAAGUGAAAGUAAAUUAAAGUAACCUUUGUGAAACAAUAUUUUGUAAUAAAGAUAUUUUUGUUAUUACAGUCCUCGUUUCAAUU